UUUUCAUUUGUUCCGCGUUUACUUACUGAUUGAAUUUUACAGCAAAUUUCAACAAACCUGGCACAUGUUUGGGAUUUCUAUGUCUCUAAUGGUGCAAAUGUGUGAUUUCAUUUUUUGAAUAGCGAUCAUGGCGAACAGUAUUGAAAUUCCUUUACGAGAUACGGAAGAGGUGAUAGAUCUGAAAAUAGAUCAACUUCCUGAAGGAGAUGAAGUUUUAGGUAUUUUACGACGAGAGCAAGCUACGCUAAACAUUUGGGUUCAGAUUGCUGUUGAAUAUUAUCGUCAAGGAAAACAUGACGAUUUUGUUAAAAUUUUGGAUGCAUCUAGAACAGAUGCUAAUAUUGACUAUCCAAAUAUGGAGCAUGAUCAGAUGGCUGCACUCGACAAAUUAUCUGCAUAUUAUGUUCAACAAGCUAGCAAAGAGAAGGACAGGGACAAAAAAAGAGAAUUAUUCACUAAAGCCACUCUUUUGUAUACUACUGCAGACAAAAUCAUCAUGUAUGAUUUGGAUCACUUAUUGGGAAGAGCUUACUUUUGUUUGCUUGAAGGAGAUAAAAUGGACCAGGCUGAUGCCCAGUUUAAUUUUGUAUUAAAUCAAUCUAUAAACAACAUUCCUUCCUUACUUGGAAAAGCUUGCAUAGCAUUCAAUAAGAAAGAUUAUAGAGGUGCUUUAGCUCUGUACAAAAAAGCUCUUCGGAACAAUCCUAAAUGUCCAGCAGAAGUUCGAUUAGGAAUGGGACAUUGUUUUUAUAAAAUGGGAAAACUGGAUAAAGCCAGAUUAGCAUUUGAAAGAACUUUGGCACUUGACUCACAAUGUGUUGGAGCUCUUGUUGGUCUUGCUAUUUUAGAAUUAAACAAUAAAACUCCAGAAGCUAUUAGGAAUGGUGUGCAGAUGCUUUCCAAAGCUUAUACAAUAGAUUCUUCUAAUCCAAUGGUUUUAAAUCAUUUAGCGAAUCACUUUUUCUUCAAAAAGGAAUACACCAAAGUGCAACAUUUAGCUCUUCAUGCUUUUCACAAUACUGAAAAUGAAGCCAUGCGAGCAGAGAGUUGUUAUCAGUUAGCUAGAUCAUUCCAUAUUCAAGGGGAUUAUGAUCAAGCUUUUCAAUAUUAUUAUCAAGCAACACAAUUUGCAUCGCCAUCGUUUGUUUUGCCUCAAUAUGGUUUAGGUCAGAUGUAUAUCCAUAAAGGAGAUAUGGAAAAUGCAGCACAAUGCUUUGAAAAAGUUUUGAAAGCACAACCUGGAAAUUAUGAAACUAUGAAAAUUCUUGGUUCUCUUUAUGCACACAGUCCAAAUCAAGCAAAAAGAGAUCAAGCUAAGGCACAUUUAAAGAAAGUUACUGAACAAUUUGUUGAAGAUGUUGAAGCAUGGAUUGAGUUAGCUCAGAUUCUAGAACAGUCAGAUAUUCAAGGAGCUCUUUCAGCAUAUGGUACAGCUACCUCAAUUUUAAAAGAACAAGUAGGAGCUGAUGUUCCUCCUGAAAUUUUGAAUAAUGUUGGUGCUCUUCAUUAUAGGCUUGGAAAUCUCCAUGAUGCCAAGAAAUUUUAUGAAGCAUCUUUAGAACGUGCUCGCAAAGAUGCACAGCAUGAUGAAAAUUAUUAUAAUGCCAUAUCUGUUACAACUACUUAUAAUCUAGCUAGAUUAUAUGAAUCCUUUAGCCAGUUUGAUAAAGCUGAUCGGUUAUACAAGACUAUUUUAAGGGAACAUCCUAAUUAUGUUGAUUGUUAUUUGAGAUUAGGCUGUAUGGCCAGGGAUCGUGGUCAGAUUUAUGAAGCCUCUGAUUGGUUCAAAGAAGCUCUUCAAGUUAAUCAGACCCAUCCAGAUGCCUGGUCUUUAAUUGGUAACCUGCAUCUUGCAAAACAAGAAUGGAAUCCUGGACAAAGAAAAUUUGAACGUAUUUUAAACACUACUCCAAAUGAUACCUACUCCUUAAUAGCUUUUGGAAAUAUUUGGCUCCAAACACUACAUCAGCCUAGUCGAGACAAAGAAAAAGAAAAGAGACAUCAAGAUAGAGCAUUAUCUACAUACAAACAAGUAUUGCGCAUUGAUUCUCGAAAUAUCUGGGCUGCUAAUGGGAUAGGUGCAGUGCUUGCUCAUAAAGGUUAUAUUUCUGAAGCAAGAGAUUGUUUUGCUCAAGUUAGAGAAGCAACAGCUGAUUUCUGUGAUGUGUGGCUUAAUAUAGCACAUAUAUAUGUGGAGCAGAGACAGUAUGUUGCUGCUAUACAAAUGUAUGAGAAUUGUCUUAAAAAAUUCUUCAAGCACCAUAAUGUUGAAAUUUUGAUGUAUUUGGCCCGAGCUUAUUACAGAUGUGGUAAACUUGCAGAAUGUAAGCAAAUGCUAUUAAAGGCCCGCCGAGUUGCACCUCAUGAUACUGUGAUAUUAUACAACAUUGCUUUAGUACUUCAAAAAUUAGCUACACAAACUCUUAAAGAUGAAAAAAGUAAUUUGAAAACUGUAUUAUCUGCUGUGCAUGAAUUGGAUUUAGCUCAAAGGUACUUCAGUUACUUGAGUAUAAAUGGUGAUAGAAUGAAAUAUGACCUUGGUCAAGCUUCUGCAGAAGCUAGGCAAUGUCAGGAUCUUCUCAGUCAAGCACAAUAUCAUGUGGCAAGAGCUAGGAGGUUAGAUGCUGAAGAACGAGAAUUUAGACGUAAACAAGAGGAAGAGAGAGAGGCUUUGAAACAGAAAAUAUUGGAACAACAGCAAAAAGAACUGGACGAACGCCUCAAACAAGAACAAGAGCUGAUUAUAAAACGACAAGAAUUUGUUGAGAAAAGCAAAGCUAAACUUAGGUUUGAUGAAGAUGAGAAACCAAGGAAAAAAGGUCGGAAAGCCCAGGAUGAAUAUGUUAGUGACAGCAGUAGUGAUGGUGGUGUUGGUGGAGAACCUAAAGAAAAGAAGAAGAGAAAGGAAGGAGAAGAGAGAAAGAAGAAGAAAAAGAAGCGUAUUCCUCGGGACAACAGGGAAACUGAUGAUGAAGGUGAAGCAAAACCACGUAAACGAAGGAAGGAUAAGGAAUCAAAGAAAAAGAAGAAGGAACAGAUUAAAGAAGAUGGUCUUACUGCUAAACAACGUAGCAGAGUGGUAUCUAAAGCAACCAUUUCAUCCAGUGAGGAUUCUGACAGUGAUAAAGAAAAAGCUAGAAGGAAGAAGACCAGAAAGGAUAGUGAUGAUGAUGAUGACAGUGAUUCUAAAAGUAAGCGAAUGGGUUCUGAUAGUGGAAGUGAAUCUGGUGGCAGUACAGGUGGUAAGAAACGCAGAAUUGUAUCAGAUAGCGGUAGUGAAUCAGGUGGUAGUACUGCUGCAAAAAAGAAACGUAGAGUUGAUUCAGACAGUGGAAGUGAAUCUGAAGGCAGUGUCAAAGCCAAAAAGAAGCGUAGGGUAGCUUCUGAUAGUGGCAGUGAAUCUGGUGGAAGCACAAAAGCUAAAAAGCGUAGAAUUGUGGAUUCUGAUUCUGAGGAUGAUAAAGCUAGUCGAGAUUCAGCUAACAGUGGCCUUUCUCCAAAGUCAGGUAACCAUUCUAACAAGGGUUCUGACUCAGAAAAAGAAGCUCAAUCAGAUAAUGAGAAAGGAAGUGUUGCUUCUGGAUCUGAAAAGGAGGCACAUUCUGAUGAUGAAAAAGGAUCUGAAAAGGAAGAAGCUCACUCAGAUGCAGAAAAGUCUGCUAGAGAUUCUGAAUCAGAAAAAGAAGCACAUUCUGAUAAUGAAAAUGCCAGCAGAGCAUCAGAAUCUGAUAAAGAAGCUGCUCAUUCAGAUGGUGAUAAUCAAGGAUCAGAUUCUGAAAAAGAACAAAGUGCACAUUCAGAUAAUGAAAAUGCUAGUGGUGGUGGAUCUGAUUCAGACUAAUGGAAUGCUUUAAUAAAGGUUUCUUUUUUAAUUCAUGCAAACACGGAAAUAUAGGAAAGAAGUGACAGAGAUAUUUUAUAUUUUUAAAAAACACAUGGAUUUUUUAAUUGAAUAUACACCUGUUUGAAAAGAGACUAAAAUUGGUUGUUUAUGCAUCAUUUGUAAAUAUAUAUGCAUGCAUUUUGUUGUAUUAGACUAAAACUGAAAUCAUGAAUGUUGUAAAUAAACUUCUACAGAAAGAUAUUAAUUGCA